AUGCGUAGACAUUAUGAACAAAUGGUAUCUGCAUUUUCAAGAGUUGCUAAUCAUGACUUGAAUCUAGAGAUGUUCUCUCCAGAACAGAGAACAUUUGUUCACGACUUGUUGUGGAAUCGUAUUCGAUUUAGUUUGCCAUUGAAUUUCUCUGCUUCGCUAGCUCAAUUUGUACCUAAUCUUAUUGUACAACAAAUAAUUUCUUUUGUUCAAGUGAAUGAAAGUGAAAUAAUAUACGAUUUAAAGGAAGAUGACUUUAAUUUUAUUGUUGAAACAGAGUCAUAUGAUACAGUUGCUCGAAACGAAACGACUGAUCUCGAUUCGAUUCUUCCAAAAAUUGUUGGUCAUGCUCGAAUUGAAAAUUUUUUCGGUAUUCCAACAAGAUUCUUGAAUAAGACAAUGGAUCUUUAUAAAAUAACGCGUCUGCCAUUGUUUGCUGAUGAAAGAAAAGCAGUGUAUACGGCAAAUCUUCCUGUUUAUCUAUUAUUCGGUCUUGAUGGAAGUUCGGCAGAGUGGUUUGAUCAUGCAGAACGAAAGUGUACGAUGGAUGAAAUAUCACGGUAUAUGCUUUGUUCAGUUCCAGUACCUAUAUUUAGCACGGUUCAUCAUCCUUGUCUAAAAUCGAUUGUAUUAAAUAAUUCAGCAAAAGAUUGCUUAAAAGAAACAGUUGAUUUAUCUUCACCGUAUAUUGUUAAAUUCGCACCUAACAUACAUGCAAUUAGUGUUCACACGUCGUUGGAAUGCUUUGAAAAAGGUGAUAAAGAAAAUAACAACAUAUUUAGUAAUAUAACAAAGGUAGCUAUCAUUAAAACGCGUUGUAAUAGUUUUGUUUCGUGUGGUACACUUGAUUUUUCAUCUGUGCGUGGCAUUUGUAACACGGUUGAAAGGUACAUAUUUACUUUUAAUAAUACUUACGAAAAUCCAUUUACACUUGAUAAGUCGGUAAAUCCUGUCGAUGUUGACACUGAUAAUUUGAACAAAAUAAUGGAUAUUUCGUUUUUAAUUGAAUCAGCUCUGUCGCAUAAAAAGUAUAUGGAAGAUUCUCACAUAGAAUUUGAAUAUAAUAUUCAUCGCAUGAUAAAGAAAAAGGCUUGGCCGAAAAUUAUUAUCGGAUUUUUUAUUCUUAUAUCAAUUGUAACAAUCUGUACUAUUGUUUUUGCAUCUCGAACGUGUUUGAAAAAUUUCAUUUGUUUUAUUAACUGGCAGAAAAAAAUUGCUUGCUUGUUUCGAUUAUGCUUCGCGAAGAAAAAAAAUCCAAUCAAUGACUCACCAAUAGAUAUGUAUGUUCCCGUGUCGCCGCCAGCACGGAAGGACAGUGACUAUGAUAAUAUGUAUCUAAACAAGAAAAACACUGAUAAAUUGCAACCUCGUUUGAAAAAUUGUUUUUUUAAUGAUCGGAUGCAACAUUCAAUGCAUGUAAACCAUUCAUUCAAAGAAAUGCUUUCUUGUAUUCCAACAUCCGCUCUCAAUUGUAUACCUGCCACAUCACGUAUUUCUUCUUCUGUUGUCUCACCAGACGUCUUUUCGCCAGAAAUUAUUCGUAAAAAACCAAAUCCUUUAUCAAGAAAAAUGUAUGACUAA